AUGCAGCCUUCCUUUUUUUGGCGCUCUGAGGAAUCCUGGGUCAGAUCCUUUGCUAAAUUGGUACUCGGUUUCUUAGCCUUCCUCUUCUGGGGCAUUGCUGUAGCUCUGGCGUUUGGUGGAGUUUAUGCGAUAGAGAUGCACAAGAACUAUGGGUAUUUAUUUCAGGAGUCUUUCUUAUCUCUUGGCUGGCUGGCUGUUGCAACGGCACUCAUCUUGAUACCUGCUGGAAUUUUGGCUGUCUCUGUUUCUACUAGGAGCUCCUGUUAUCAACAAGGGGCUCUCAUGUACUUGCUGCUGGUCCUUUUUUGCCUGGAAAUGUCUUCAGCAGUUCUGGCACAGUUCUACUCUAUUAGGAUGGCUUCUGAACUAAAGAGUACUGGGGGUCACCUCUUCUAUCAGUACAAUGGAACAUACCCCCAGGAUCCUGUCAGCAGGGCCAUGGAUAUUGAACAGAGAAAGAUGCAGUGUUGUGGGGUCCAGUAUUGCACAGAUUGGUUGAAGGCAACAUCUGCCUCAUGGCAUCUUCCUGGGAGAACAGCUUGUGUCCCUGAAAGCUGCUGUAAGAACUAUUCUAACUGUGGGAGUGACUUAGGCCAUCUGGAGCAGCUUUUUCAGGAAGGCUGUCUAAAGGAGCUGGAAGAUGAGUUGCAUUUUGUUAUGCUGUACAUUUUUUGGUGCUGUACUGUACUAACUGUAUUAGGGCUGCUGGCUGCUGUCAGUAGUGGAAUCCUAAUGAGGCAUGAGCCUUUCUAUGACAUCCAAAUUCUGUAAUCAUCUACCUUUUCAUAA